GAAUUAUGAAGAAUACACAGAAGACAAAACGCGUAUCUUUCAACGUUCCUAGCGAGCCGAGAGUUUCCAGAAAGGCAGCCAAGUAUCACAAAACUGGCAAAAAACACAACACUGGUUCAAUGCUAUCCGUACCCAGGCUAGAAACUAUCACUGAGGAGCCGGAACAUCAACCUCCGGAUAUGAAGCUUGUCCUAAACGUCGAGAUUUCUUUGAUACGAAAAGAAAUGCAGACUUAG